AGACAACUCUACUUUCUAUAUACGUCCCACGUGUAACAUCGGAGCGCACAGCACACGUCAUCGUACAAUGAGCUCUUAGCGGUGUAUCGCCCGUUUCACGCUGCCGCUUCUAUCCCCGGACUUCUCCUAUCCCCUGAGCACAGCUUCCUGUUUCCGGCCAGGCCGGUGUCUGUGUGACGACGGUGCGUGCAGAUGUCUCCGGCUGUUGGUGUCCGAAAGAGAGGGGGCCCCCCUGGGGGGACAAGCGGGGGCCGCUUCAGCCUAAUGGAGACGGUGCGCCGGGGACGGGUCAACUAUAUGCAGGUCCUGAUCGACCCCCGGUACACGGCGCUGCUGGGAGUGUGCCUGUGCCUGCUGGAGCUGGGGGUCACACACUGGGUCAUCCAGAGGGUCCCCUACACAGAGAUAGACUGGAAGGCUUACAUGGAUGAGGUGGAAGGUGUGCUGAAUGGGACCUACGAUUAUACCAAACUCCAGGGGGAGACCGGACCCCUGGUGUAUCCGGCUGGAUUCGUAUACAUUUUCAGUGCUUUAUAUUACAUAACUGAGCAAGGGAGCAACAUCAGACUGGCACAGUAUAUCUUUGCAGUGCUGUACAUACUCACACUGUUCCUUGUGUUCCGUAUCUACAUUCUCACCAAGAAGGUGCCACCCUAUGUGUUUUUCUUCAUGUGCUGCGCUUCAUAUCGUGUCCACUCCAUCUUCCUCCUUCGGCUCUUCAAUGACCCUGUGGCAAUGGUCAUCUUAUUCCUGUCCAUCAACCUGAUAUUACAAGACCGCUGGAGCUGGGGCUGCUUUUUCUACAGCCUUGCUGUCUCUGUCAAAAUGAACAUACUACUGUUAGCUCCAGGACUACUGUAUCUCCUCCUCUGCCGAUUUGGACUACUGCGAACAAUUCCUAAAUUGUUUAUCUGUGCUGUUCUUCAGGUGAUCCUGGCCCUCCCGUUUCUGCUAGAAAAUCCUACUGGGUAUCUUAUACAAUCCUUCGAUUUUGGCAGACAAUUUUUGUACCAAUGGACGGUGAACUGGCGGUUUCUCCCAGAGCAUGUGUUCCAGCACAGGGCUUUCCACCUGGCUCUACUCACAGCACAUCUGGCUGGCCUUGUACUGUUCUGCUUUUACCGCUGGCACAGGUCUGGGCAGAGAUUUCUUACACUUCUGAAGGAUCCAGCACAAAGGAAACCUCGCUCACACCAACUUUCAGCAAACAAGAUUAUCUUUGUCUUAUUUUCCAGUAACUUUCUGGGUGUCACUUUCAGCCGUUCUCUGCAUUACCAGUUUUAUGUCUGGUACUUCCACACUCUGCCAUAUCUUUUGUGGUGCACAAACACCAGCGGCUUACCAGGACUUGCUAAGAUCCUUAUCCUUGGCCUUAUUGAGCUUUCCUGGAAUACAUUUCCAUCUACCUCUAUGAGCUCAGGCGCUCUUCAUCUUUGUCAUGGAGCCAUUUUGCUGCACUUGUGGUUCGGCGUUCCACCAGAUGAAACAAGUCCGUUGGAAUCCACACCUCCCACAAGGACUCUUCGAAAGAAGAAGGACUGAUUUUCUUUUUUGCAUCCCUGAGAAAUGAUGCAUUUCUAAAAAUCAUGUUUGCUAAAACGUUAGGGUACAAAGAACACUUCUAAGGAGUGAUUGUCUCAGGGUGCAAGGAAAAGAAGAAGUAUAGACUUUAUAUUUUUUUUUUUUUAAGCUAAUAAACAAGGGAACUGCUUCUUUUCAC